AGAAUGUGAAGUCAUUUUUAAACACUCAGGGCUGGUGGGUCAGCUCAGCUGAUUAGAGCAUGGUGGUGUUAGAACACCAAGGUCACAGGUCGGGAUCCCCCUCGCCGGCCGGACGCCCCCCCAAAAAAACUGAAAAAAUAGUAUACUUAUUUUUCCUUGUACUCUUCAUCCAGAAUCUCCAAAAGUUAACAUUUACAAAACCGUAAUACAAUUAUACAAACUAUUGAUACAAUACUUAUAUUAGUUAACAGACCUUAUUUAAAUUUUGUCCGUUGUCCCAUUAAUGUCUUUUUUCUGUCACGGGAUACAAUUCAGGAUUGCACAUUGCGUUUAGUAUGAACCUCGGGCUUUUUUUUUUUUUAGAUUAAUUCAAGCCCUGUACUUUAGGUCUGUGUGCUCUUCUGCAAAUUAACGCCCGAGUCAGUUUCCGGCUUAAUAGACAUGAAGAUGCGGUGAAGAAGCAAUAAAAAAUACAUGUGCAAACUUCGAAGGGAAGUAAACGAAUUUCUUAGUGCUCAAAGCUAGUCACAUACAGCUCAGCUUCUCUUUACAUAAUUUAAAACAAAAACAAAGGAAACGGAAGCGAAUCAAUGUUGUCAAGGUAUUUUGUCCCAAAGUAGGAGCUGUAGCUGGCGGAAGCUUCUCCUGAUUGGGCAGCGUGUGUCCAUCACGACACAGAACGCCGCCUCGUUGGCCCCCGCUGUCGAGAGUAGGUGGCCUUUCUAAGCGCUCAGGGCGCCGGCCCUCUCCACUUUGUCUAAGGGAGCGCUUUUUUCUCGGUGCCGGAGCCGCCAGCCCAGAGGGAUUCGGACCGAGCUUGGCCGGGUGACUGCACUGGGGCACCAUGACGACCCUGGAUGAUAAAUUGCUGGGGGAGAAACUGCAGUACUACUACAGCAGCAGUGAGGAUGAGGACAGCGACCAUGAAGAGAAGGACGCAGGCAGGAGUGACCCAGCCAGCAGUUCCAUGCCUGCAGAGGCUGAGCUGGCAGGCGAAGGCAUCUCAGUCAAUACAGGUCCAAAAGGUGUGAUCAAUGACUGGCGCCGCUUCAAGCAGUUGGAGACAGAGCAAAGGGAGGAGCAGUGCCGGGAGAUGGAAAGGCUGAUCAAGAAGCUGUCAAUGACCUGCAGGUCCCAUCUGGACGAAGAGGAGGAGCAACAGAAACAGAAGGACCUCCAGGAGAAGAUCAGUGGGAAGAUGACUCUAAAGGAGUUUGCCAUGAUGAAUGAGGACCAAGAUGACGAAGAGUUUCUGCAGCAGUACCGGAAGCAGAGAAUGGAAGAGAUGCGGCAGCAACUUCACAAAGGACCCCAGUUCAAGCAGGUUUUUGAGAUCCCCAGUGGAGAAAGGUUUUUAGACAUGAUUGAUCAAGAACAGAAAAGCACUCUCAUCAUGGUUCAUAUUUAUGAGGAUGGCAUUCCAGGGACCGAAGCUAUGAAUGGUUGCAUGAUCUGCCUUGCUGCGGAAUACCCAGCUGUCAAAUUCUGCCGAGUGAAGAGCUCAGUCAUUGGGGCCAGCAGUCGCUUCACCAGGAAUGCCCUUCCAGCCCUGCUGAUCUACAAGAGUGGUGAAUUGAUUGGCAAUUUUGUUCGUGUCACUGACCAGCUGGGGGAAGAUUUCUUUGCUGUGGACCUUGAAGCUUUUCUUCAGGAAUUUGGAUUACUCCCAGAAAAGGAAGUCUUGGUGCUGACAUCUGUACGUAACUCUGCCACCUGUCACAGUGAGGAUAGCGAUCUGGAAAUAGAUUGAAUUGAUAUCUAGUUGCAUAGAUUUCUCAUUGUUUGGUCUGGAAGGCACAUGUCUUCUGUUUAUUUUUGUCCCUUCAUCUUCUGGCUUUUCACCUGUUCUUUGUAGUUUCUUUUAUUGUGUAAAGUCAAGAUGUUCUUAGAUUAAAUCAAAAUGCUGAAUUACCUUGUGGCUAGCAAAAAAGUGACUUAAAAUUGUAUAAACAGGAAGCCAGGCUUUUGAACUGUUUACUUAAGAUUCUCUAGCAUGACAUCUCUGUCAUUGUUUGUAGUCAGUAUUUACAUAGCAUCCCAAAGACAGUGUCCUGGAAAUUGUCUUCAGAUGAUCUCAGAGGUCUCUGCCAGGUCUGAGAGUAUAAUUCUCUAGUUAGUGUGUUAUUUGCAACGUAACAGUACAUUUCCUUAAGCAAAUGAUUGUAAAUUAUAUUACUUGUAAUCAGAGCCAUAGCCUUAGAAGGCAGUUAAUUUUUUUUCCCUAGACCCACUUCUCCACCAGGGUCUUGUUUAAAGGUUCCAGACAAUUGUGUUUGCCCUGUCAGGAGGGGUGACCUCUGCAGCUAGAGUUGAUGUCUUUCUCCAGCUUUAUGAAGUCUGGAAUAGGAGGAAGGAUUGAUGCUGACUGUCCUUGUGAUGCUGGAAGAUUCGUGUUUUAUUGACUUAAACAUUAGAGUUGAGGUGGAGCUGGAAACUUUUAAAAAGAGCUUUUCAGUAAGAUGCUCCUGCUUGUCUCUUUUUCUUUUAUUUAACAAAACUUUUAGUUUAAUCUAGAUUU